AUGGAGGAAGUGAAACGUGCAACAUUUAGCAUUCAUCCUCAAAGUGCUCCAGGAGAUGAUGGUAUGACAGCAAAAUUUUUUCAAAGCUUUUGGAACAUACUUAGUGGUGAUGUGUUUCGAGCAGUUAAGAGCUUCUUUUCAGAGGGCAGAAUUUUGAAGGGUUUUAACCACACUCAAAUCUAUCUUAUUCCCAAGAUUUCUGAUGCUAAAGAUAUGACUCAGAACUCCCAUUCUCCCGAUGUUAUCACAUACAGUUCUCUCAUUUUUGGAUUGUGUCUUGAGGGUCAAUACAAGGAAGCCAUUGAUUUGUUAAGUGAUAUGGUGCUUAGAAACAUUACUCCUAAUGUUUAUACCUAUAAUACUUUGAUUGAUGGACUAUGCAAGGAAGGAAAGAUCAAAGAUGCUAAGAGUGUGUUGGCUGUAAUGACAAAAGAUGGUGUGAAACUAGAUGUGGUUACUUAUAACAGCUUAAUGGAUGGAUAUUGUUUGGUUAAUGAGAUGCGUUCCAAGAACUUGGUUCCUAACACGAUAACUUACAGUACUCUUAUUGAUGGCUUGGGAAAAUCAAGGAGAAUCCUUUGUGCCUUGGAGGUUCUUGAAAAGAUGCAUGAUCGAGGUCAACCCGCUAAUAUAGUUACUUACAGUUCUUUGCUGGAUGCUUUGUUCAAUAUGAAACAACCUGACAAGGCACUUAUGUUAUUCAAUCAAAUGAAAGAGAGUGGCAUUGAUCCAGAUAUAUAUACAUAUAACAUACUUAUAGAUGGCCUGUACAAAAAUGGAAGAAUUAAAAAGGCAAAAGAGAAUUUG